UAUACAAAAGUUAAUAUUGCUGUGCCAUAUAACCGAAUGUAAUUCUAUAUUCUUUAAGGUUGCAGUUAACUUGUUCAAACACUAUUUCACUAGUAACUUUAGAAAACUAUUUGUAUUUUCAUCUGUCUAAUGACAGAUUAGUUCUCAAGAUGAUUUCUCAAAUUGGUCCUAUAUUUAGAACCACCAAAUAAAUUCUUGUUUUGAAUAUAUUAAGAAAAAGUAACAGAAAAUGCAUAUUAUAAGGAAUAGAAAUGUUUUCGAAUUUAUUAAUCGGACAUUGUAUAAUAAUUUGACAUUUGUGACAUCGGCAAAUAUCAUCUGUGAUAAAUGUGGACAAGUAGGAGUGUGUAGUGCUCAGUCAUCUGAUCAGUUUAUAGUUAGAGAAGGUAAAACUGGAUUAUGUUCAAGAUAUUUGGCUAGUUUCUUGGGAUGUUCUCAUCUGACUGCAAUUAACAUUAUGGCUGACUGUCCAAGGAUAAUAACUACUAAACCUGACCAUCUACAAAACUCAUUAGAAACUUUAAAAAAACAUUUUGAGUAUUUAGACAUUAUUAAGAACUCAUCGGUACUUGUUCUAAAACCAUUUAGAAUUGAAGAACUUAUUCGAAUUUUAGAAGAAAUUGGAGUGUCAAAAAUUACUGUAAAUGAAAUUGUAAGAUUUCCGUCUAUAAUGGGUACAAGUGUGAAAACAUUAAUCAAGGAAGGUAUAAUAAAUAAUCAUGAAAAAAUAAUUAAGAACAUGAUAAAAGAAUUAGAUGCUCCAGUAGAAUUAACUGAUUUAUGGCAAAGCAGAAUACAUAAAAUAUUAUGGAAAAAGAUUGAAAAUAUGUCACCCAGAUACAUUCGAAUGAGUAUAUUACAUCAAUAUUUAGUUUGGAAACUAAAAUGCAAUAAAAAUGAAAUUAGAAGCACAAUAAACAGAUCUUUCUAUUCUCGUUGUUGUCAUACUUUAAGGAAGACUUUAAACGUGCUCAUUAACGAUUAUAAGUUCUCAGAGAGAGAAAUACUCCGGAAUGCAUUUUUGAUUAAAGCUAAUCCCAACAACUUAAAAAAAAUCUUGCAAAAUCAUCCGGUGCUUGCAGGAUUGGAUAUAAAAGAAUGCUUUAAGAAAUAUCCAGCAUUAGUUAAUGUUCCAGCAGAUAAUAUUCUAAAAGUUAAUAAUAUAUUGAAAGAAAAUGGUUUCACUGAUACGCAAUUGCAAAAUCAUUUAAGUGUAUAUCAUUACAGUUUUUAUAAAAUUCAGAAGAUAUUAAAAGUCAUUAAUGACAAUGCCGAUUUAGCAUUGAGAAAAUUUCAUCCAAAUUCAUUAAAACUCGUGGAUAAAUACGACACGGCGAUAGAACGCUUCUACCAUAUACAAAGGAAGGGUUUACUCUGUAUCUCCUUAUCUGCCUUAUAUAAUCAAACCGAACUGGAAAAAACCGAUCCUAAUGUGAGACAAUGUGUAAUAGAAAUAGCAGAAUAUUUAGCUUUAGAACUAAAUAAAAGCAAGAGGGAAAUAACAAAGACACUGGAAAUUUAUCCAAAUACCAUAUGGCCAUCAUUACUUAAUGCAAAGAAAGUUACCGAAUAUCUUUUAAGUAACGGAGUAACGAAAGAACAGAUUUGGAAUGGAAUACCUAUCGUAUUUUAUUCACUGGAUUCCGUGGUAAAAUACUUUAAUAAACUUUCUCAUUAUAAAGUUCAACCACAAUGCGAUUGGAAAAAUCAUAAAAAUUAUAUUCAGUUAUUAUUGUAUUUUAUAGAAAAAGAAUCGGGGAUUAAUUUAGAAAAUUGUAAUCUGGAGAAAAAUGAAAAACUUAUGCUGAAAAGUUUUACGGACGAACAUUCCGGUGAAAAAGACUGUAAUAUAUAUGAUUAAGAAUACUUAUUUGAAUAUAUUUUAUUUGUUUGUGUUAUUGUACGAAAAGUGAAAAAUACAGUAUUGGUAGUGUACGUAUUUUGUGAUCUGGCACUUUCUUCAAUGUGAAUAAAAUUACCAGAUCACACUCAAAAUUCCACGACUCUUGGACUAGAUUAAUUAGGGCUACUACAGAAGUUUUGUGUGCCACUUGGAUCUCGAACAGAUAAGUCAGUUUCGUGAAUGUCGCCAAGAAUGCACAGUUUAAUAAGAUACAAACAUUUAGUUUUAAUUUCUUGUUUUUAUAACACAAGUGUACAAUAAUGGGCUAGGUGUAUUAUUGAGCUAUUAUUAUGCAAAUUUUCAUGAUCUGGCAAAAUAUAAAUGGGGAAGGAUGCCAGACAUUUGACGGUAUAUUUUUAUAUUAAAUACAGCACUUUAUUGUUUUCACAAUUCUAGUUGAAAGUUAUAUUUGUUAAACUUUAUAUAAAUAAAAUUCUGUCUUUAGGUAUUACUGAA